UUUUGUUAGUUUUUCAGGUAUGCCUUUUAAGGAUGAUUGGGAGUUUUCCAGAUACUCAAGAAGGCAAGGGUAUGCCACACAGAAGGAACAGACUCAUAGAGACAUGAGUAAGCAUGGACUGUGUGGCAAUGUAUAAGUCCUGAGAUGCUGUCACACUAUAUGUGUGCAACUUAUGUUCAUUGGAAUGCUGUUACAGAGAUGAAUCAGAGUACAUACUCAAAUAUUCUACUUCAUGCCUGUUUCCUCCUUUCCUAGUUUUCCAUUGAGGUCUGAAAUCUGGCUAAAUGAUUGAAAAGCUGUAUACCCGCACAAGUGGUAGCUGCCGUUGAUGUAAACACUGUCGCUAAUGAAGUAUACGAGUAUAAUUUUCCUCACACACAGUUACUGGCGAAGACAAUUGAAGGCAUUACACUGGAAGAGUUUGACAAAUUAUCUUUCAAUAUGAUUUUAAUGAGCCCUCCAUGUCAGCCAUUCACACGAAUUGGCUUACAGGGUGAUAUGACUGAUCCAAGGACAAAUAGCUUCUUAUACAUUCUAAGUAUUCUCCCAAGAUUACAAAAUUUGCCAAAGUAUAUUCUUUUAGAAAAUGUUAAAGGUUUUGAAGUAUCUUCUACAAGAGACAUGUUGAUACAAACAAUAGAAAAUUGUGGCUUUCAGUACCAAGAAUUUCUGUUAUCUCCAACCUCUCUUGGCAUUCCAAAUUCAAGGCUAAGGUACUUCCUUAUUGCAAAACUUCAGUCAGAGCCAUUACCUUUUCAAGUCUCUGGUCAGGUACUGAUGGAGUUUCCCAAAACUGAAUAUGAAUACACACAAAAAUGUGCAGUGGAUGCAGAAAAUAAAAUUAAAAAAAAGAAAACAGAACCCAGUAUUUGCUUUGAUAGCAGUAUGCAAUGUUCUGGAAAAGAUGCCAUUCUUUUUAAGCUUGAAACUGCAGAAGAAAUUCAAAGAAAACAUAAGCAGGACAGUGAUCUCUCUGUGCAAAUGCUAAAAGAUUUUCUUGAAGAUGAUAUUGACACCAAUCAGUACAUUUUGCCACCAAAGUCAUUACUGCGAUAUGCUCUUUUAUUAGAUAUUGUUAAGCCCACUUGCAGACGGUCCACGUGCUUUACCAAAGGUUAUGGAAGCUACAUAGAAGGGACAGGAUCUGUGUUACAGACUGCAGAGGAUGUACAGAUUGAGAAUAUCUACAAGUCCCUUACUAAUUUGCCACAAGAAGAUAAGAUAACAAAGUUGUCAAUGCUUAAAUUGCGAUAUUUCACUCCUAAAGAAAUAGCAAAUCUCCUUGGAUUUCCUCCAGAGUUUGGAUUUCCUGAGAAGAUAACAGUGAAGCAAUGUUACCGUCUACUUGGAAAUAGUCUCAACGUGCAUGUAGUAGCUAAGCUAAUCAAAAUCCUUUGUGAAUAACUUUAAAAUAACUGAAAAAGGAUCACAGUAUUCUUUCAUGUCCAGAUUGUAAUUCUUAAAUUCUAUUUUGAAGUCAUUUUGAUGAAAUUUAAAUUAUUUAAUCUUUCUUUAAAAAAUUUAGAAUUUCAUCACAAAAUUUGAAUUUAUCACAAAAAUGUCAAUUUGUUUUCUUAAAUUUAUAUUACUGUAUUUUAUAAAGUGAAAAUUAUUGUUUUCCUUUAUGGAUAAUAUAUUUUCAUAUGAAACUAAUAGAUAUAUACAUGAAAUAUCUUUAUAAUAUAUACUAUAUAUUAUAUAUGUAUUAUAUUGUUGUUAUUAUCUUUACAAUAUUAUUACUCCUAAACUCAGAAUGGUGAUUCCAAUGCUUGCCUGUUUCAAAUGUUGGCUGCUUUACUUAAUUCCCAUCUUUUGAAUAUUUUACAUAAAUCCCAUCCUCCUUCAAAUGUUCCUUUAUUUAAUAUAGCCAAAUACAUAUAAUAUUUGAAACCAAAUUGUCAUUAUUCAACUUAUACAAUAGUUUGAAGAAUACAUCAGAAAAAUUAAAUUCAUGAUCACCUCUCUAUCAAUAAACCUUAGAAAACUUAGAUGUUUAUUAUCUGAUUAUCUUUUUAUUUCAGCUCUCUGAAGUUCCAAACUCAGUACGGACUUCGCUUUAGUUUGCUAUUAUCAGAGUGUGUGUUUGCCUCCCUUCUCAGCUUGUGAGUUAAAUUUGCCACUGCAUUCUAAGGAAUGUAAUGUAGAGUUAGGAAUUUAGGGAGGAAACUCCUCUGACCCCAUUAUAUAUGGUGCUAGUCCCCCCCCCACCUCAAUUUUUUACAUUGUUGUAACAUGUACUCUGAUUUAACUUUUAUAACUAUUAACUUUCUUUGUCUCUCCUUGCCAGAGACAUUUUGGAAUUCAGGUUUCUGAAAUGAAAGGAAACAAGCCCAGAAAUUAUUUCACAAAAUAUUAAUUCAUAUUUUUUAUUUUUAAAGAAUAAUCUAAGCCAGGUGUGGUGACACACCCCUGUGUUACUUGGAAGGCUGGGGCAGGGGGAUUGCAAGUUUGAGGCCAGCCUCUACAACUUAGAGAGAACUUUUCUCAAAUUAAAAAAAAAAAAGUAGGGCAUUGAACUGGGGAUGUAGCUUACUUGUAGAGUGCCUCUGCAAUCAUUCCUAUGUGGAGAAAUUGGAACCCUUGUGCAUUGCAGGUGAAAGCAUAAAAUGGUACAACUGCUGUGGAAAACCAUAUGGAGGUUCCUCAAAAACUUAAAACAGAAUAACCAUAUGAUCUAGCAAUUCUAUUUCUGGAACUGAAAGCAAGAACUUGAACGGAUGCUGUGAUCAUAACAGCAUUAUUCACAGCAACUCAAAGGUGGAAGCAGUCCAAGUGUCCAUCCAUCAAUAGAUAAAUAAAAUGUGUAUUUGUGUAUGUAUAUAUGUGUGUGUACAUGUGUGUGUGUAUAUUUAUAUUAUAUGUGUGUUUAUAUAUGUAUGUGUGUAUAUGCAUAUAUAUAUAUAUAUAUAUAUAUAAUGGACUAGUAUUCAUCCUUUAAAAAGAAUGAGAUGAUGAUACAUGCUGUGACCUGGAUGUGCCUUAAGACAUUAUGCUAAGUGAAACAAACCAGUCACAAAAGGACAAAUAUACAAUUCCACUUAUAUGAGGUACCUAAAAAGAGUCAAGUUUACAGACACUGUAAGUAGAGUGGUCUUGUCAGGGAUGGUGGGAGGAAGAAUGAGGAGUUAGUGUUUAACCGAUACAGUUUCUCUGUGAGGUUACAAUGAAGUUCUGGGAAAUGGUUGGUGGUGAUGGUUUCAUAGUAGUGCAAAGGUACUUAAUGCCACUGAACUGUACACUUACAAAUAGUUGAAGUGGUUAAAUUUUACAUUAUGUAUAUGUCCUACAAUUUAAGAAAAUCAUAUUCCAUUACCAUUUUUUCAGAACACAUAGAUAAAUAGAUAUAUUUAGGGAGGUUGUAGGCCAACACAUACAUCAACAAUCACUAUCAACAUUUGGUAUUUGUGUUUAAAGAUAAACUUUAUUACAAGUCUCAUAAACUUUAUUAUAUAAUCUGAAAUCAUUUUGGCACACUUUCAUAUAGUUUUUUUUUCAGAUGAAAGAUUCUUUAUCAAUAAAAUGGUUUCUAGUUUUACUAUAAUUAUAGUAUGAUUAUAAUUAUGCUGUAAUUAUAGUGUCCAACAUCCCAUUGAGCAGUAUUAUGCAGAAUAUUACAGUGUGCCAACUAUAAACACAUGAAAGGUCUAUGGAGACAUUUGCUUAUAAACUCAAGGACAGAAUAUAGCUUUAUGAAAUUUUUAAGUUAUUGAAGUAAGUAUUCACAGGCAGAUGAUAAGUUUGCCCUUAACUCAUAUUGAAAAUAUAUACUAGCAAGCAUGAAUUUACACCUUAAUGAAGAUAUAUUUACCAGUGUCAUUAAUCUCAUAUAUAUGUGUACACACACACACACAUAUAUAUAUAUAUAUAUAUGCCUGCAUAUGUAUGUGUAUAUAUAUAUAUAUAUAUAUAUAUACACAUAUAUAUAUACACACAACUAAUUCAAAAAGUCACUUUAUUGAAUGUUACAUAUUGAUAAUAAACAUGCAUAAAAUUGCCUCCGGAAAUUCUGUUUUCUGAUAUUUCUUGUACAUUGUUUGCUGUAUUGGAAAAGAUAGCCUCUCCUUUUCAAGAGAACUAUAUGUAAUUAAACCUUUGUGGUUCUUAACAAUAAACUUUCUUCGUUUUC